AAAUUGCCCAGGGAGGUUUUGGAAUCUCCAUCAUUGGAGAUUUUUAAGAGCAGGUUAGACAAACAUCUCUCAGGAAUGGGCUAGAAUAAUACUUAGUCCUGGCACCCGAUAUAAAAAAUGGUUCAGCAUCUGACAUACCAUUGUAGGUUGUCCUACAGCACAGCCUCUAAGAAGACCAGGCUGUCCCGGACACCAAGUAACAGGAUUGUUUACCUUUACACUAAGAAAGUUGGCAAGGCACGAAAGUCUGCAUGUGGUGUGUGUCCAGGAAGACUUUGCGGUGUUCGUGCUGUGCGCCCUAAAGUCCUUAUGAGACUGUCAAAAACACAGAAGCAUAUUAGCAGAGGCUAUGGCGGUUCCAUGUGUGCUAAAUGUGUCCGUGACAGAAUCAAACAAGCUUUCCUUAUUGAGGAGCGGAAGAUUGUUGUGAAAGCGUUGAAGACACAAGCACAGAGUCAGAAAUCUAAGUGAAUCUCUUUUUAUGGUCUGCCUAAUAAAUGAAACUUCAACUUUAAAAAAAAAAGUAUGGGAGACUGGACUAGAUGACCUCUCGAGGUCCCCUCCAGUCCUAUGAUUCUAUGGGUCAUGAGAGGUGAAAUCAGAAAGUAACUGAAAUACUUCUCUGAUGGAUUAUAUCUACUAAAGGACAACCUAUCCUAAAUGCUCAAUUACUGAGGGACAAUCUACACUGAUUCCUAUAUUUGCUUUCUACAACCAACUCUGUAUAAUUUUUCAUGAGUGAUGUACCUGAAUAUUUGGAGCAUAAUAGCUAAACUCUAUUGUUAAAUUUAUUCACCUAAAUUUGGGUUACUGCAGAUUAUAUACUUCUGACUAUAUAAGAUUAUAUUUUAUGACUUUUAAACUAGAUUUUGUACUAAUCUAAGCACUACACCCAGAUGUACAGACACUGUUUCCUUAACCUGUGUAUUGUAUAAUUUUAACAUUAGCUUUAAUACAAAAUUUUAAUAUGAGCAUUGCUUCCAAAUGCUGAUAUGUUCAACUUGGCAUUAUAUUUUGUUUCUGGGAGAAGCAAGAAACAUGCUCAAUUGUCAUCCUGGGUGAUAAAAGAAGAAAUUAAAAUGAAUAAAGGUAUUUCAGUGUAAGACUUUUUGCAAUCUAAUAUUGUUGGGGGCUUAUGAUGUUAUAAGAACAAGUAAUUAAUUUGUUUUUGUUUUU